AUUGAGCUUGGUCGGUUUGGUCGGUGGGGUUUGCGUCUUUUCAGUUCCAAUGACUUCCGAGGAAACACGGGAGGCUUUGAAGUUCACGCGGAUGUGUAAGUACUUGGGCCCACGCAAGUGCUUCAAUGGCAUGGGCUGCCCAUUUGCACACUCGGAGAGUGAGCUGUGUGAAAAGCCAAGUCUUCAAGCAACAGGUCUUUGCUACGAGUAUGGGAACACAGGGCGUUGCCGAAAAGGCCAAGCCUGCAACUUUGCCCAUGGGCAGCAUGAACUCAGGUCUUUCCCCCCAGCGAAGAAGGCAUCAGUGCCACCUGUGUCAUCGGUGGCAUCUAUGGCAUCGCCAUGUGGCCCCCCGCAAAACACGAGGCUGGACCCAAAGAUCGUGAUGCAAAGGAUGAUGGUGAACCAACUUCGCAAGUUGGAGGAGAUGGUGGCGAGGAUGACGCUCGAAUUGCACAUGGCUUCGGCGACCAGCCACAGUCUCCACACACCUAACAAUCGUGGUGACCCCGUGGAUUCCAGUCAAUCUCAGAGAUCUCAAAGUGAGACAGGAAGCAUAUGGCUUUGAGAUGCUUUGAGGAAUUGUAUUCAAAACUCGCGGUGGCUAACGACCUCCACUCGUCAUGAACAGAAGUCGGAGCCGCCGCCUUGGUAGCUGAUGCGAAGCACAGCAGGCCAUUUUGGUUGGAUCCAAUUGCACAAAUCGCAGAUCACCCCCAAGCUUUAGAAUCCUUCAGAACCCAAAUUUGAGAACUUCUGUGAUGUUGUGCCAUCCAUUUCUCAGUCUGUCUUGGAUUGUUUUUUCAGAAUCGAAGGGGUUGAUCAUGAAGAACUGUUCUUGCGCAUCUGGGUAGUUGCCGCACCUGCUCAGCAGGAGAAUUCCAAAAAAGCGAAAA